GUUUACAAUAUGUCUGACAUGCUUUUACUCGUUAAGUUAUGCUUGUUCUUUUAGCUACUUAAGACUUAGGCAUAUUGAUGUUAGUCCAACAAAUCAUUCAUCUGAUAUUAACUUUUUAAAUAGUAAAAGCAUUUUGUAUUUCAAGAACAUUUUUAGGUUUAGACACGCUAAACUCAAAGAAUGAAACAACCAGAUGCUAGUGAAUCUUAAAUUAUGGACUGAGUGAAGAGGGAUGAUUGCUGCUAACUACUUUGAACACGAAUGAUAUCAAUAAAAUGAAUGAUAUCUUUUGUCUUCUUAAUGAUGCAAGUAAAAAAAGAAGAUGAUCUAGGACGCGACUACUGAAGUUAAAAUAUGGAAAUAAAAAUUGGUGGCUUGUGCUUUACGUCAAACUUUGACUCUGGAAAUUUAGCACGUGUUGAGAAGGUCUUAAAACCUGAAGAAGAAACAGAAAAUGCAGGCACAACAGCUCCAGCAGGCAGUUUGUACACUGGCCUUGGCAUUGAAGCAAAGGUUGAUUAUGAGUUUAAUGUGUGGACUAAGCCAGACUGUGAAGGUACACCAUAUGAAAAUCCAAAUCGAUCCUGGUUUUACUUUGGUGUGCGAGGCUGGGCCAGCAGCAGGGUCAUUAAGAUCAACAUCAUGAACAUGAAUAGACAGGGUAAACUGUAUAGUCAAGGUUUGACACCAAUUGUUAGGAUAAUGCCAGGGAAGCCCAAAUGGGAAAGGAUCAGGGAUAGACCAUCUUUUGAAAAUAUUGAUGGUCAGUUUAUUUUACGGUUCACGUACAGAUUUCCUGACCUUAAAAGUGGCACAGCCUAUUUUGCCUUUUGCUACCCUUGGUCUUAUACAGAGAGCCAAAGCCAGCUAGAGGAGCUAGACAAAAAAUUUUUGCACUGCCAGAACUACACUCCAGAAGUAGAUCCAGAUAAUAUUUACUACCAUCGUGAACUGCUGUGUCACACUUUAGACAAGCUGAGAGUCGACCUAAUUACAAUCUCGUCAUGCCAUGGACUAACAGAACACACAGAGCCCAGAUUUGACCGGAAUCUUUUUCCAGACAAAGAUAAACCCAGGUGUAAAAGAUUUGUAGGAAAAAAGGUGUUUGUAUUGAGCAGUCGAGUACACCCAGGGGAAACACCAGCCAGCCAUGUUUUCAAUGGGUUUCUCAACUUCAUCUUACGCGAGGGCGACCCCAGAGCACAGCAACUCAGGCAGCGGUUUAUUUUCAAACUCAUUCCCAUGCUGAACCCCGAUGGCGUUGUGAGGGGACAUUAUCGGACUGACCCGAGAGGUGUGAACUUAAAUCGUGUCUAUCUUGACCCUAGCCCGAUAAUGCAUCCGUCUAUCUAUGCGGCUAAAAGUUUAAUUAUCUACCAUCAUGUUCAGGAGAAGGAACCUUGCGAGGGAAGUGUGAACAAUCUAAAUAUUCAGUUCCCUUGCGAAGGGGGCGUAAACAAUGUUAAUAUUCAGUUCCCCGGUGAGGGGAGUGUGAACAAUAUCAAUAUCCAGUUUCCUAGUGAAGGGAGUGUGAACAGUGUAAAUAUUAACUUCCCAAGCAAGGAGCAAGUUCCUACACAAUUGUUUCAGACUGGUCCACACAAUAUGUCUGGAAAUUUUUCUGAUUUCACCACUACCACCCAGUCACAAAGCAGCUUAGACCAACCUUCUGAAGUCAUCAAUAUGUCUCAGGCUUUAUACGAACCGUUCAUCACCCUUGUAGAUAGUUUAGCUGUUCAUAGCUCUGAUGCCAACCAAACCCAGAAGAUAACCACAGAUACAUUAUACAACACUGAGUAUGGUGAAACCCAAGCUGAUAUUCCCUGUUGGCCAACUCACGCUUCUAGUACCAACCUUCCUCCUUUGUCAUCUAGAAGAUCUGUUGAUGCAGGGGACAGUGGUCAGCCAAAAUACAGCACCCAUUCCUACCAGCAGUUCCACCAGGAACACCAACUCAGAACUUCACUAGCAGAGCUGGAUAAAACAAAGAGUCAUGCCCCUUGUGAGGAUUCUCCUGCUCUCUGUUCACUGCAGCCCAUACCAAAACAAAACUACAAACACAACCUGGAGCUGCGGUCUGCUGUGGAGGGGGAUGUCAGAACUGUCUUGCAACCAGCCCGCUCAGUGAGUCCAGUCCGUGGUCAGUAUAAUCAGUCUAACAUGAUGGACAGCCUGACCCAGGGGUACCCUGCGGUACCUGUGCUUGUUGAACCGUUAAACCUAGCUGGUCUGAGAGACAGCGAGUCUUCGGUUAAACAUGAGAAGGAUGCUCAUCUCUCAUCAUCAGACAGUAGUGGUAUCAGUUUAUUUGAUCCAAAUGAAAACAAUGGGAAGUAUUUGGAAGUGAAAAGGGUUGAUUCGGAUCUGAGACUGAAACUGUCUUCACUAAAUAUGUCUGAGGAAUAUCAUAAACAUAGUGCCCUAAGCCUGGGUGUUGACACUGAUGAUGAGGACACACAGACAGACCAGCUGGGCAACGAGGGCUCCGAGGGGGAGGACGACUACGAUACUUCAGAUGUGGGGGAUGGGUCCAAUGCCCCGCACUUGCGUGACCCAGAGCUUCUGAAGAUCCCUCCACAUGCUAGUGGCAUUGCCAUGUACAUUGAUCUGCACGGGCACGCCUCCAAACGCGGAUGUUUUAUUUAUGGGAACUACUUUGAAAAUGAAGAAGCGCAGGUGGAUAAUAUGCUUUACCCAAAGCUGGUGGCCAUGAAUACGGCCCACUUUGAUUUCACUGCCUGCAACUUCUCUGAAAAGAACAUGUAUCAGAAAGACAAAAGGGAUGGCAUGUCUAAAGAGGGGAGUGGUCGGGUGGCCAUUUACAAAGCCAUUGGCAUCAUUCACAGUUAUACCCUGGAGUGUAAUUACAACACUGGGCGCAUGGUAAACCCAGUCCCUCAGGCGUACGGAGAUGAAGGCAGAGCUACUCCACCCCCAGCAGCAAGCUUCCCACCAAAAUACACCCCAUUACACUUUGAAGAUGUGGGUAAAGCGCUGGCUAUUGCUUGUCUGGAUCUGGUGGAUGCCAACCCCUGGUCUCGUGUUGUCAUGUCAGAGCACAGCACCCUGUACGGCGUCAGGGAGGCAGUCAGGCGUUACCUGCGAGGACUCCGUGGACAGCCGAAAACAACAAGAGUCACGGCCUACAAGAUCACAAACAUUAAAACUUCUGGACCAGUCACCAACCAGGUUAGGAGAGCAAGUACCUCUGAGAUUGGAACAAGUUCUGGCAACUUAAGAGCCAAACAAGUGGUGGAGGUCUCGAGUCGUUUGUACCCACGUCCACACAAUGCUGGCUCAGCCAACGCUGCCCACUUGAAGCGAGAGCUGGCUCCUGUAAGAGAAGCAACUAGAAACCCUCAACCCCUGCUGAGACGGACAUCCUUCACCCAGGCUCCCACCCUGAGAGCACGGGCUAAAAAUAACAUCUCUCCUGUCACACUGACCAUGUCCGCUGGGGCAGAUGACCAGAGGACUGGACAUGUGCAGGCUGCGGAGCCGAACCUCAAGUGUAUGGAGACUGAGGGGUCUCUGGCGUCUCAGCUCCUGGAGGUCAACCCAACGGUUAGAGCCAGGGAGGAGAGUAAAGUUCUUUUACCAAAACAGAUCCACAAAAGGCCAAUACCCAGUCGCAUCCCACUUCCAACUGGCAAGUCACAGUUCCGUUUGCCAGCCUCCCCCAUCGUGGACCUGGCAGGAAAUCUACGCCAGGGUUCCCGUGCCAGCCAGACCUGGUCAGGGUCUGCCUCAGGCAGGUUCACCCAGUCUGAGGGCAUGCUGGAACUGGAAGGUGUGCCCAAAGUUCCAGAACCUCUGAAGGCACUCAACAACCCAGAAGGACCAUCAGUGAAAAGAUCACAGAUCAGUGACAACAUCAAGAGGCGGAAGAAGGUCAACACCCUGACACGACGGAAAUCAAACUCUGUCGUCAGCAAGAACAGUUCAAGUGUCAAAGGCUUGAAGGGAAACAAUUUGAAAAGUGCUGCAGUUGUACUAACACCCAGAGUCAGCAUCAAUACUGGGCUACACCGCCAUCCCCCCUCUUACAAUGCAGAUCAUCUGAUCCCAAUACAGAGUGAAAGGGAGAUUAUAAUGAAGACGAGUGAAUACAUUCCUCCAAGGCUGCAUCAGAUUUUUUGGGUGGACUUUUAAAGAUGAGGGAGGAAAAGCUGCUUAGUAUAAUUUAAACAAUUUGAAGUAAAAGUUGCCAGAUAUAAUUUAAACAGUUUAAGUUUCCCUGAAUUAAACUUUUAUCAUUUUGAUGUAAAACUUUGUUAAAUAAAUUUUUUUAUUGUUAUAUUUUUUAAAACUAAAAGCUAGCUUUAAGUUUAAGCUUUUAAAUUUAAUGCUAGGUCUAAGAUCAACAAGAUAUGUUUUUGUUCAAAAUGUCAUAAUGUAAUUUGAAAAAUAAAAUGUUGACAUCUUGAAUUAAAACAAUGAAUUUAAAAACUGUAGACAUUCCAAAAUAAUGCAGUUUUAGACCUUAAAAAUCACCAAGUACAUAACUAAAAUGUUAGUCCUAAUUGUUUUGAUGCUCCACACGUAAAUUAUGUUUAAACUGCAGAAUGACCUUCAAAUGUGAUAUUUUGUACAUUGUAACUGUUGGUAAACCUAUACAAUUCUCUCACAUUUUUACAACCUUUUAGUAAGUAUACAAAGCUGUUAUUUAUUAUAUUUUCAACUUUAAGGAUUUGAAUUAAAUUUGCUAUGGGCAAUUAGCCUAAUUAAUAAUAUGGAACUCAUUUCUGUAAUUGUGUCAAUAAAGAACUGCCUUCAAGCAAGUAACACAGACAUUGAUUUUAAAACUAUUUUAGAACUGCUUUAGAAUGCAUUUUAUUGAUUUUUUUAAUGUCCUGACUACACAAUUUCUAGAAGGCGUAGUUAAUUCAGUGCCAAAGAUUUGAGUCACUAUAAAAUUAAUUUUUUUUCCUGUUUUGAGAACACUGCUCAUGUUUAAUAAUAAUUUAGGCAUUAAUUUAGGCAUUUUUUUGUCCAUAUUUACUUAGUUUUUUUUUUAAAGCUGAAUACAAUAAUUUAUUUAAUUAAUUUGUGACUUAUUUUUUGAGCCUGUUAGAUUUUGUUUCUUGUUCAUUAUUUAAGAUCUAUUUUUAGGUCUUUCAAUUGUACUGAAAAUUGACAUCAACUUGGUAUGUCCAUUGUAAACUUCCUGGUUUGUUUUAUGAUGUAACAAGAUCACCCAUGUUAAUAAUCUAAUGUGAAACAGAUUAUUUUUUUUUUACUGCUGCUAGCUACCAGAAACAGUAUUGUACUUUUUUUCAGUAUUAUGAUACAAUUCUGACUUGUAUGACUCUCUGCCAUAUGAUUAUUUGUUCCAAUUUCUGAUUGUAAAUAGGUAUAAACUUAUAGAUUUUAAAAAAAAUUUGAAGUCACUUGCCACACGUUUUUUUUAAUGCAAACAGGUUCAGCAAAUGUAACCAUUUUUACUGAUAAAAAUAUUUUUACAGUUGUCUCCCUUUAUAAUAUUAGUGUCAUAUCUCUUAUUUAAUAGCUGUCAGUCUUUUAAGUAGCUAACCAAACAGCAUAUCCUCCCAGAGAUGCUUUUAUUUUUUGUAUUAAAAAAUAAAUAAAUAUGUGAAAGAUAAACAGUUUGAUCAACAUACUGUUUUUUUUUCCUGAACAUUGUAUAAUGUUGCAUAUUUUGAUAGUGUAGUGCAGGUUUAAGAUUCCAUUUAGAUAGGCUUUGAUGUGGUUUGUGUGGUUUAUUGCUCGUGGAUAACACAUGUUACAUCUUUUUAUUAAAAAAUAUUUAUAUAAUGUGUGAUAUAGGCCUAAGUUGUAUGAGAAAUGUAUUGAAGUUUGCAGUGCUGUGAAUGCUUUUCAGUUGUUUUUUUUUUGUUGUUUAGAAUUUGUCUUACACAGGGAAGUGGAGUAGACUCAGUCUAGUUAACAUUCAACUAAAGUAGAAAAAAUAUAUGUUGAAUGCUAUCAUCGAUGCACAUUAUUUGUAAUUUAAAAUAAACUAUUUAAUCUUAAAGUUAGCCAUGAUGCUUGACCCUCUUCAUUAAGCAU